GUCAGGAGGAGGAGGAGGAGGAGGAGGAGAGACGCCGCCGCUGCCGCCGCCGCCGCCGCUGCUGAGAGGAUUCGCCCCUCCGCCGCCCGCUCCUCCUCGUCGCCUUCGCCGUCGUCCGCCGUUGGCCCCCGGUCCCCUCCCGAGGGGAGGCAGCAGCCCCAGGGACAGGCGGGACCAUGUCCGGGCGAGGACACAGCGGCAAGCUCUCCACGACGGAGCGCAUCGUCAAGGCUGUCCCCUUUCCCCCUACGCAGCGGCUAACCCUGAAAGAAGUCUUUGAGGAUGGGAAACCCAGGUUGGAGGUCUUAAAAAACCACUUGGUGAAAGAAGGACGCUUGGAAGAAGAUGCAGCACUCAAGAUAAUCAAUGAUGGCGCUGCUAUUCUGCGGCACGAAAAGACAAUGAUUGAAGUAGAGGCUCCAAUCACAGUGUGUGGUGACAUUCAUGGGCAGUUCUUUGACCUGAUGAAGUUGUUUGAAGUUGGAGGAUCACCCAGUAACACUCGCUACCUCUUCCUGGGAGACUACGUGGACAGAGGCUACUUCAGUAUAGAGUGCGUGCUUUAUUUGUGGAGUUUAAAGAUAAACCACCCCAAAACACUAUUCCUGCUCCGAGGGAACCAUGAGUGCAGGCACCUCACAGAAUAUUUCACCUUUAAGCAGGAAUGUCGAAUCAAGUAUUCAGAGCGGGUAUACGAUGCAUGCAUGGAUACAUUUGACUGUCUUCCUCUUGCUGCCCUUUUGAACCAGCAGUUUUUGUGUGUGCAUGGAGGGCUGUCUCCUGAAAUCACAUGUCUAGAUGACAUUAGGAAAUUAGACAGGUUUAAGGAGCCUCCAGCCUUUGGUCCCAUGUGUGACCUCCUAUGGUCUGAUCCAUCAGAGGAUUAUGGCAAUGAGAAGACAUUGGAACACUUUACCCACAAUACUGUUAGAGGUUGCUCUUAUUUCUACAGUUACCCCGCGAUUUGUGAAUUUUUGCAAAACAAUAAUUUAUUAUCUGUGAUCCGAGCACACGAAGCCCAGGAUGCUGGGUACCGAAUGUACAGAAAAAGCCAGACUACAGGUUUUCCAUCCCUAAUCACAAUCUUUUCUGCACCAAAUUAUCUAGAUGUCUAUAACAACAAAGCUGCUGUGCUGAAAUAUGAAAAUAAUGUCAUGAACAUCAGGCAGUUUAACUGUUCUCCACACCCGUACUGGCUUCCAAAUUUCAUGGAUGUUUUCACAUGGUCUUUGCCUUUUGUAGGGGAAAAAGUUACAGAGAUGCUGGUUAACAUCCUCAACAUCUGUUCUGAUGAUGAGCUUAUUUCAGAUGGAGAUGAAACGUUGGACGAUAACUACAUUUCAAGCUAUCCGAAAGGAGGCACAAAUGCCCGUAAAGAGAUCAUCAGGAAUAAGAUCAGGGCCAUUGGGAAGAUGGCACGAGUCUUUUCCGUCCUUCGGGAGGAGAGUGAGAGCGUGCUGACGCUCAAAGGCCUGACUCCCACAGGUACUUUGCCCAUGGGAGUCCUCUCAGGGGGAAAGCAGACUCUACAGACAGCCACAGUAGAAGCGGUAGAGGCACGGGAAGCCAUCCGCGGAUUUUCGCCACAGCACAAGAUCUGCAGCUUUGAAGAAGCCAGGGGGCUGGACCGCGUAAAUGAGCGCAUGCCGCCACGCAAGGAUGCCAAGCACCCAGACGGGCCGGUGAACUUAACCUCAACAAACUCUGCGGAAAAGAAUGGGACAGGGAAGAAAACCCAGUAACAGUUCAAGCACCCAGUAAAGGAUCCAAAACUUAAUGGAUUUUAUUUAUUUAUUAUGAAAGUGGGGGUUCAGGGUGGGGGGGGGGGAGAAACCAACCUAGCCUGGAGGCGCAUCCAUAAUCCCAGUUUGCAUCCAUUCAGUAAGAGAGGUGACCAUUUUGUAAGUUUUUUAAAUUUUAUGUUCAAUAUAUAAAAAGUCAUCUUUUUUUUUUAAUUUAGGAAUGGGUCUAAAUAACUAGUGCUUAUAUAAAAUGUUGUUCUGUACAGAUGGCCAGCCCCUGCUGAUAGGGAAAGAAGCCUGGGGUGGGGUGGGAUGGAGGGAGGGAGGGAGUCUAGCAGCCCAGGGCAAUUCUGGUGUCUGAUUUAUUUGGAACCAUUUUAAGUUACCCUCCUUGUUUUUAAAGUGGCAUCUUUAACUUUGAAAACAACUUUUUUCUUCUACCAGGUUUUGAUGCACCCCCCCCCCUUUUCUAUUUCCCACUGCAUCUGAUGCUCCGGCAGUUCAUUUUCCAUUAAAGGCACGUUGUAUAGGACAGUUGGUAAACUCUUUCCUUUUGGUAACCCCAUGUCAGGAGCAAACGUUGCAUUGCAGAUAGUUUGUCCAGCUCUAGAGAUGUCGUUGGAACUGAGGAAUGAGAAUCUUGCUUUUCCCUCUAUCCCUAUAAAUAUUCACAUUGUUUUUCCUUCAGGAAUCCAAUUUCAUUGGAUAAAUGAACUCUCUUGGAAUAAUACAAUAGGUGGACUUUUAAGUACGCACUCCUGCAGUCUCCAUUCAUCUGAAAGCAUCACUCCUUUGAUUUCAUAUCUCUCAUAUUUUUAUAUAAACAUAGCUCAAUUUAACAUGCUUCAACAUCACACAGGUGGGAUUUAUUUCUGCUUUUCUAAUACAGAAGCAAUCUUCCCCAAAUUAUCAUAGAGUCAUGCUUUUAGCAUGCAAAGCUGUAUGAGGUGGAGGAUGCCCUUGCCCUUCUGCCUACAUCUUCCCUUCCUUUACACAUUACAAUAGCUCUGUAAUGGGAGCUCCGGCAUAAAGUUAGUUCUGCCAUUUGUCAACAUAGGACCCUCCUGCAUUCCCAGCUGAAUGCUAUAGAAUUAUGAGUAAUGUGGGCACUAUAAGGCAUAGGAAGAAAGUACAGUGUUUCUGUGUAGACAUUACUCCAUCAGUAGGAUUUCUUUUUUCUGUAUUGUCCAACCUGCAUGACUGGCCUGUGGUAGCAUGCAAAUGCCAUAAAUACAGGCAGGAAGUCCAGAUAUCUUAUGGAAAAGUAGUAGUUGAUGGUCUCCAUACGGCAGAACAAGAAACAUCUGGCCUGAAAGCAGCUCUGUGUUUGGCUUCUGCUUGGAAUUACGUUAUCUUGGGCUGAAUAUAGAAGGCUUCUCAGUCAUCUCAAGUGCAUUGUCAAAGUAAACAACCUGUGGAUUAUCCAGACCUUCAAAGCAGUUGGGAAAGUUGCUGUCCAUAUGAUUCCAGAGUUGUUAUCAUUUUGACCAGCAAGUGUGGACUGAGUUUCCAUGUUCAGAGGAUCUUCAGUUGACAUCAAGAGUUUGAGAAGGCAGAAUAUUUUCACAGGUUGGACCUGGAAACCCACUAUGAUUUGCUGUGUAGCAGAAGACACCACUUGCUUAUCUCAGCUUACUACAGUCUUAAAAGCAAUCGUUGCUUCGUGCUGUAUGUGGAAAGAGUGUUUGCAGACAGGCACAGAUCCCUGAACGCAGCUCAUCUGUGCCUGGAAGUCUUAUUGGGCUCUAGCUCUCUUGCACAUGUUCACUGUGUCUUUGGAGGCACCUGUCUGCCCUUCAUAUUUUAUAUUUACUGCAGUGAUGCAGCAUUCCAAGAUUUAAGAUGGCACACCUUGGUUUAUCUCAUCCCAAAUGGAAGACCUUUCCUUAUUUCUCUUGAGCGUGUGGGAAAAAGCAUAGUAAAUUGAGUAACAAAAUACCUCAGCCUUGUUAUUUACUAAGAAUUGUAAAAGCCCAACCUGAGCUAUACUGAUGAAGACCUGGAGUUGUCUUUGAUGUGACCUGUGGAAAUUAUUGAUGUGCUUAUUCUGUAAGGAGGGCAUUACAGAUGAUGGGUGUGGCAGGGAAAAGUUAGAAUGGUAAAGCUUUGGAGAGCAGUUGUGAUAAAUUCUGUACUUUCUAAACAUGAGUAAAUAACCAAAUGACAUUGCACAAGGAAACCUCUGCAGAAUGGAGUGGAGGGAAUUGGGGAGAAGAAAUUAUGGUUGGCCAGCAGGUCUUUGUUCUAUGAAGUAUAAUGGUUGCAUGUCUGAGUUGGAGAGCAAAGAGAUGGUCUCAGAAUGUGCCAAAGAACAGCAGCUGAACUGUCCACUGAAGAUGAGUUCCCUUUAUGUGAAGAGUUGAAUCAGUCUUCCCUAAGCUGUUCCUUCUGUAGCCUCUUGUAUCUUUGUGGGUUAAGCAAAUGCAAGAAUCAAGGCAUCUGUAAGAGCUCUCUUCCAAAAAAAUGCCUCCUGGUUAUUAUGCAGCUGUCCUUCUGUUUGGAGUUAGGCUUUUUCCUGUUCAGAAACCUCCCUUUUGAGAAUUAGGAAUUUUUUCCUGCAUUUUAGAGCUGGUGCAAUUUGGCAGCUAUGCAUUUAAGCCAUUCAUUUUACCUGAUCUGCUUUUGAGGCAAUGUGAAGAUGUGCUCCUCUUGAAGAUGAAGACUUUAUUUAUGUUGAACCUGUACAUGCCUCUCACGGCUUCUGUUGGAAUUAACAGGACCACUUCUUCUCACAGAAUAACAGUGGUGAUAGGAAUAAUUCUUUUGCAAGGGAGAUCUUGUGUUGCUUCCAGUCUAGCAAGCCUUUAGCUAAAGACCUCCACUUUGACAGCCACAUCCAGUUCUGGAUCACUCAGAAUAGAAGGUAGUUCACACCUUGUUUACAUGACAUAGCUACUGCCAUUCACUUGGUGUUUACUCUCAGGAGGCUUCCAGAAAUGUAUAGAAGUGCUUAUCCAAGUGGCUGGGCUUAAUUGUUGUCUUUACAUAACAUUCAAGUAAAGGACCUCCCAAGGGGGUAGGCAUUAUAGACUAUGUAAAUAUGCAAGGAAGCCCAGAUGUGUGUGGAAGUCUCCAUAUAUUUCUGGAAGGUACAGCAAGGCUAUGACAAUCAUGUUGACAGAAUCUCAUCCAUGAAAUUCUGAGCCUUGUGUAAGAAGUAGUAGAGUCUUCUGUUGUCUUUGGCAGUAUCUUCCUAAGAAGAAAUCUGAUUGUUGUCUCCUCUCGUCGCCUUGGAGAAUUUUUGGUUUUUAUAAUGGUGAUUUUUUAUAAUGGCCUCUCUUUUUUCCUUCUAAACACAGUUGCAACUUUGCACACAAUCUUCUGUAUUAAACAGAGGUGGAGACAUUCAGGUUCUGAAAUGUUGGAUUCUUAUCCCAUGCUUGCAAACUAGCUGGGCAACUCUUCCGUCUCCUGCAUCUCUUUGUUCUCCAGUUUUUUCUCCUAUUGAGUAAAAUAGUGGUUUUAAAGCCAGUGCUAAUUUCCAUUUGUGAUGGCUUUACCCAGUUGAUCUGGAACGAUUCAGCCCCUCAUCCCCACUCAUUUUUAUGGCGUCGUGCUCAUGAAUGAGAGGAGAGCAGCCUGAAUGCUGAAAUGGCAGUGCCAAAGGGUCCCCUCAUCUGUCAGAGAGGCUCUGCUCUCAUUAAGAACAGCUGUUCAAAUGAGAUGCUGUUUUGAGGAACAUUUGCCUCUUCACGUCCACAGACAGGACCUGCUGGGUUUUUCAUUCUUCCUGCUUCCUUUAAAGGUAGAAUAUUCUGAUACCCUGAAAUAAAAGGGUGUUCCAGGUUCUGCAUACAAUGGCAAUAUGGCUCUUGGGGGCCAGGGCAGGUGCCAGUUGCAAAGGGAAUGCUGGCAGUGUUUCCUCAACACAGCAUGCCAUGUUGGUGGGCAGGCGGCAGACUGAACAGUGGCAUGGUUUGAUGGGAGUGUGGGUGUUAAUUAUUCCCCAAAUUAGCUAACACUGAUUCUGUAACGUGUUCUUAACUGGCUUUAUUUUCACUGAAAGAGAGUUAAAAUGUGGCAAGGGACAGGCCUUCAUCUCGGAAAGGGAACAGUCUUGCCAGCCACUUACAUUCCUUUAAGACACUUCCUCCCUCCCUCCCAUCCAUACACUUUGAAAAAGGCAGUAUUGAAACCAGCUUUCAAUAUUCCACAUUGAAGCUUCUUGCUUCCUUUGGCCUGUUCCCCCCCCCCCCCCAGACCUAGGAGAGAAUUGUCAGUCAUAGCUGCCCUCUUCUGGCAUGUUCAUAGCACCAGUUUCUCUAAGGCUUCUUGCCAGUCUUAAAUUAUGAAGCUGGUGUUGACCAUGGACAAUCUGUCCAGUAUUUGUACACAAGACGAUCAGGGUUAAGAGAAAGGACCACAUGGUUGCUUAGCUUUUUCUGAUCUCUUAACCAUUGCUAAGAGAAAGAGACGCAGAAGAUAACAAAAUUAAGAAGUCAGCACAAUGAAAGGAGCCGUUCUUAACCCAAUGGUGGCAUGCAAGUCCUGUUCUCCUGUGGUGAAGAUGUAAAGAGGAUGGCUGGCUGUUCAGAGCCAGUUGGCUUUGGAGGCUGAAACAUUAGAUUUCUUUUAUAUCCCAACAGAAACAAGGGCAGAAGGAACACAGUGGGGUUGGCCACCAAUGUCAUCUUCUGAAAAACCAGCUGAGCACGAGAUAUGAAUGGCUGCAGGGACCUUUUCUCUGCCCCUCUUCCCACCUGUUCUCCUCCAUUCUCCCUUGUCAUUGUGUGCGGGUGCGUGUUUGUUUUGAUUCCAGGGACAAUCUUGAGCAACGAAAGCAGCAAAAAUAAAAAGCAUACCGCCAAGGAACAGCCCACCAGUCUAUGGAGUACCCAAAUAUUAACUCUCCCCUUAACUGUGAGGUUGCCUAUAAGCAGCCUUUUCUUUUAUCUUGCAUGACAAGGAAAAAAAGCAAGGUGCAUGUAACAAGGAGGGGAGUCCACAAUGGGUCUUCCAAACUUCAGGAACAAAGGUGCUGUCACCUCCUUGAAGAGAACCUGCCCUGCUGUGAUGCUGCAGCCCACUCGCCUCUCCCUGGCUUUAGCUAAUCUCACUCGAUUCCACUACCGACUUCGGAGCACCUUGCCAGCUGGGCUCAUCCCCAACAAGGUGGAAUGGCAUCCCCUGGGAAUGUGUGGUGAGGACUAAGGUUCUUGGUUCUGAAGUGAUGUUUGCCCAUUGCCUGGAGACUGCCUCCUUUCUUUUUUCUUGCUCUCCUUUUAGUUAUGUUUAAAGAAGAAUGGUGAAAAAACAAUGUUAUUUAUUGGCAGAAAUUAUUUAAUAUAAUUUCUCUUUUGUGAACAAGGAACGAAUUUGUUAGAACUGUCUUAAUGUAAAUUGGGAAGUCAUCUUUAAGAAAAAAAAAGUUAAAAAAUUAAAACAACA